UCCGUUCGGGAAAACAUUGCCAUGUUUUGCGGGAACAUUGAAAGCAGUUAACGUUAGCAGAGCAGACAACUCUUCAGAAUUUGAAACUCGACAUAUUUUUAAUGUCUAAUCUUGACAUUUCUCUAUGUUCCAUUGUAUGCAAUCAACAGUUUCGAAAGAGGCAUUACAAUGCGCCUUUGUUUUUACAAAUAGCCGCGUAGUUGUAACGUUAACCACAACACAAACACGGUUGUCUAACUUGUCGCAGCUUUCCUGUGCUGGAUUACCCCCACACAAGAACUAAAGAUAGGUCAGAGCUUCAGUAAAGAGUAGGAUGCCAGGUACAGCGCCCCCUUCAGGUGGUGGUCAGCAGCAAGACCAAGCAGUGGCUGCUACUCUGGAUCUCAUCUGCAGUGCUCCUGAGCAGACCUACUCCCACUUCCUGGCCUCCUUCACACAGUUGAACCUAGAAACCCUGAGGGCUGAAGAGCCAAGGGACACUCGCCGAGACGCUGGCCCCGAGGUCAUACGAGACGGCCGGAAAGGGGACGGGGACACCGAUCUGAGAAGACAGCGGGAUGUGUCCGACCUGCCUGAGAUGAGCAACAGCUUGGACAAUGCAGCCUUGAGGGUGGAGGACAACAAAGAUGACUUACAAGGGUGCAGUCUGCUUCCAGGGGAGGUGGAGAACGGGAGGCUGCCUACACACACCUCCUCCAUCAUCCACUCCACCCAGCUGGAGAUGUGCUCCACAGCAAACGCAACGCACUCCACCCAGCUGGAGAUGUGCUCCACAGCAAACACAACGCACUCCACCCAGCUGAAGAUGUGCUCCACAGCAAACGCAACGCACUCCACCCAGCUGGAGAUGUGCUCCACACCUCCUCCAUCAUCCACUCCACCCAGCUGGAGAUGUGCUCCACAGCAAACGCAACGCACUCCACCCAGCUCGCAAUCGGGGGAACAUGUAGCACACUCCACCAGCGAGCCAUCGGGAGAACACGCGACACCCUCCGCAGACUCCUCUCAGGGAGAACAAACAACGCAACCUGCCAGCAGUGAGACAGAAGCACACACAGUGACAACUAUCGAGCAGGUGUGGAUACAUAGCAGCUCCAUUAGAGGCAACACAGUGACAACUAUCGAGCAGGUGGACAGGGAAGAAGUGCAGCCUUUUCACCUGGAUGACAACUUUGAUUAUGACCAUGUUGUGCUUACCCACAAGUACCCAACACUUCCACAAAACCCUGCAGCUAACUGAAUUGUGUGUGUGUGUGUGUGUGUGUGUGUGAGAAAGAGGGAGAGAGUGUGUGUUUAUGUAUUUGUGUAUGUCCAAGAUGUAUGUAAUGUGGAUUUAUUGGAAUUGGCCAGAAGUCAGUUAGUAAAACUGGCAAACUCAAAUGCACCUUGUGUUGAUUAAACAUAUUGUUUCUACUGAGAAAAA